CCGUAUCUUGAGUACCACGGAAUCUCAAAGGCAAGCAAUUGAAAUGUUGAAGAAAAAGGCAAAAACUUCGCUGUCUUCAAAAGCUGAGCAGCAUUCAUCUCAAGAAAGCAUGUGGGGAGCACCCAGGAAACAUAUCAUUAUUCAUAUCACUAUGUCGUUGAUAGUCUUGAUUCUGGCUUUGUCGCUCAUCUAUGUCUUAAUAACUCGACGUAAACGCAAGUCAAAGCCUAUGGCAUUCACCUCGAAACUGUACAACGAGAGGCCAAUGAGUGCAUUACCUCUGGAUGAGGAUUUUAACAGAGAUUCUACAAUUGAUUUUAACAGAGAUUCCAGAAUUGACUUUAACAGAGAUUCAAGAAUUGACUUCAACAGAGAUUCAAGAAAUGUUUGAAUUAGAAUGUGAAUGGCAGUCAUCGUAGGCAUUUCUCACUAACUUAAUUUAUAAUCUAAAAUAGAGACGAAGAGAGAAAGUUAUAAUCCUUACAAAAAAAGGCAUCUACUAACUUCGAACUUCUGACGGGAAAUUGGUAUUCGAUUGUCGUCCACAGUUACUGAUCGAUUUUUUCCCUCAUUCAUGGCGAGAUGGAUGUUAAAUACAUUGUACUAAAUUUUUAAAAAUUUCUACUUAUGUAAAUAAUUAAUGCUUGUUAAAUUUUAUUUAGUUUGUACCAUUUGUGUACCCAAGGAAUUUGUACCCCCAAUAAACUCUCGGUUGUUGGGUGUGUAUGCGUUACUUGAUGUAACAAUAAUUAUUAACAUUUCGAUAUUCCCGCUCUUUUUGCAAAAAAAGGACAGGCAGCCAUUGCCUUUGGUCGUUUCGAGAAGAAAAAUGUUGGCGUAUUUUACAGCUUUUUUCAUCCUUUAUGUGGCCAGUCAUUGUUGGUAGAAAGUGCAAACGAAAAGUGUGAGUUUUUUCUUUGUUAACUUAGAGAUCUAUUAUUGCUCGUGUUGUUGAUAUUUUUUCUUUGAUAUCGACAAAUCGUUGGCUUUCAAGCAAUGUGCAUGGUUCUCGUCUAGUCUACUGUGAAAAAAUUAGAUAAAAUUGCUCAAAAAGCAUUUGAAAACAAGGUUUCGUGCAUAGCAUUCGUGACGAAUUCCCACGGUUUAGCUAUGAAUUGUAUCCUGGAUUUGAAUGAUAUUUUCCCAUCAA